UUUUUGAAGGGAUUUUUUUUUUGAGGAAGCAAGUCCCUGUCUACAUCAGUCAUGAGCAACCCACAGCCCUCUCAGCCAGCCGCAGCACUCGACCUGGAAGUGAUCUCCCAGCAGGUGGAGGACGAGGGCCAGUGCAUGGCUCCGGUGCAGCUGGUUAGCUUCACUUACAGAGAUCUUCCUCUGGCUGCUCUGGAUAUAUCACUGGCUGGCUCUCAGCUCAUCUCCAACCUGGAUGAAGAGGAAAAUAGAGAAGGGUCUAACUGGUUAAAGCCAUGCUGUGGAAGGAGGGCAGCUCUAUGGCAGGUUUGCUUGCUGAGUGCAGGAUUUAACUCCUUGUUGGUAGCCAGCGUGAUCUUAGUGGUGGUACUGCUGACGCUGGAGCUCCUCAUCGACACCAAGCUGCUGCAGUUUACGAAUGAAUCUCAGUUUGCUGCCAUUAUUCACUGGAUCAGCCUAGUCAUUCUUUCCAUCUUCUUCACUGAGACGGUGUUCAGGAUUGUGGUGCUGGGGAUAUGGGAUUACAUAGAGAAUAAAGUUGAGGUGUUCGAUGGUGCUGUGAUUGUGCUCUCUUUGGCUCCGAUGGUUGCCUCCACUGUUGCUAAUGGACCCAGCAGCCCCUGGGAUGCCAUUAGCCUUAUCAUUACUCUUCGUAUUUGGAGAGUCAAGAGAGUUAUUGAUGCAUACGUGCUGCAAGUGAAGGUGGACAUGGAGAUGGAGCUUCAACAAUAUGAGAAAGCUAAAGCUGUGCAGGAGGAGCAGCUAGAGAGACUUACUCAGAUCUGCCAAGAACAAGCGUUUGAGAUCAGGCAGUUGCGGGCUCACUUGGCACAGCAGGAUUUGGAUCUGGCUGCAGAGCGUGAAGCUGCCAUGCAGAUUCACCAUGUGUGGGGGAAGCAGAACAGCAGCUUUCAAGAGGUUGAUGGUCUGGGACCUGCAACUUCAGAUAGUGAAGCCAGAGGAAAGAGCAAUGAUCCAGGAGCUCCUGCAGUAACGCACGAAAGCAUUGUUCAAGAUGACAUGAACAAUUACAUCAGCCAAUACUACAGUGAGCCAAGCAGUGAUCUUGGGGUCCCGGAGCAAGGUGCGCGCAUCAUAACCACUGCAGCCAUAGACGUGCACCUGCCCACCAACCCAUGCCAGCUGCCUCCAUCUCUGGUAAGCGCAGAUGGGCUAGCCAGUUCAGUGAGCGAGGCCCCCAGCAGCACAAUUUCACGGUCUAGCUGUAGCUUCUCAGCGCGCCAGCACAGCGUCAGCAGCCACACAUUGGCUUCCAGCAGCGAGUGCAGCUCCACCGUACGCGAGGCCUCAACCUCAGAUUACAGUGGCCAACGUUACUGCCCACCUCCCUACUGCAGCCCACUGGCACUGGGUAUGCAAGGAGGUGGAAACACCCCCAGUGCUGUGGUCCAGGAGCUUCUUUCAUCCCUCUCUGAGGACUCGUGCUUGGUCCAGAAGGGCAGAGUGAACCCACUUAACUUGAAGCUGCCCAGUCCGGCUGGUUCAGCCAAAGCCAGUCCAGAACUGGACCACAGGGUCAGUAUUUACAAUAAGAGGAACCAGGAGAGUCUGGCUGUGUUCCAAACCAAGCCUCUGAUCCACUUGCAAGGGACUGAGCCAUCUCUCAGUGAGAAGUACAGACUCAUGGAGCCUGCGGACACUCCGAUAAAUCGCAUGUCAGACACGUAGGACUUGAAGUGCAGUGGUGUGGCCACCAUCACCAGCUGAAGCAGCCUCCCUCUUGUUUGUUCUUUGACUCCAUUCUGCCCAAUUAAAAUCUCCAGACAUUGCAUUUUAGUGCUCAAAGGGAUCCUGUCAUGUCUGAAAAUCCAUAGUAAGGCAUCAAAAAACCUUUUGACCUAUUGUUAAAAGUUUAAUGCUUUGACAGUGCCAUAGUCAUCCAUUGACGGGGGUCUAGAGAGAAUUAUUGGAAUGGCAGUAGUCUCCUGCCAACUCACUAAAGCAACAAUAGCCAAUCUCAGG